AUGGACCCCGAGUCUAUAAAUAUACAAAAGUUUCGUUUUAGAUACGUUCGCCAAGCUGAUUGCGACCCUUGUAAGACUGCUAAUCCGCCGCCACCUCCGCCACCUCCAACGGAGCCUCCCCCUCCGCCUCCUCCACCUCCAGAACCUCCAACGGAACCUCCGACUCCACCCCCGGCACCACCUCCGGCACCACCUCCGGCACCACCUCCAGGUCCAGCUCCUGCACCAGCGCAAGUACCGUGCACUCUACCUUCGUGCACACAACCUCAGACUACUGUAGUCAAAGAAAUUGUAAGAGAACGUUACAUCAUGCCUCCAAGGAGACGUUGGCACGGUCCGAAGUUCUGGCUACUUCCUCCGCUCCUACCUCCUCCACUACCACCACCACCACCACCACCGCCACCACCACCACCACCAGUUGUUGUCGUUGUUCAGAAGCCUAUGCGACCGCCGCGCCCAAUUGUAAAAUACAAAUAUGUUUAUCAUCGAAAAGUACCAUGGAGCUGCAACAUAUGUCAGCAGACGGUUACGACUACUUGUGGAGCUGACACCGGUAUUCCUUGUGGUGCUUCCUAA